CUAUCCUCACAUUCUGCAGGACAGCUGUAAAGUUUCCUACCUUCUGAACACCUUGAUAGCAGGAAGAACUUCAGUCUUUACCCUCCAGAUCUGCUCUGCAACAUGAAAAUAUGCAGAAAUAUGAUCAAGAUGAAGGAUUCUGUGUUUCUGGUGAUGUUUCUCUGGAUUCUAACUGUUUCCAGAGGAGAUACUGAGGUGUCCUGUGUUUUCAUGGAGAGAUGCAUCUUACCGUGCAGCUUCCAGGUCGCUGAUCAGAUCAACAUCAGGUGGCAUUCCAUAACAAGAGACUUUAAUGUCCACUCAUUCUACUACAACCAAGACCAGCUUAGAAGUCAGCACCAGAUCUACAGAGACAGGACAUCACUGUUCAAGGACCAGAUCUCCACAGGAAACGCCUCACUGCAGCUGACAGGAGUGACGGUUCAGGAUGAAGGCAUAUAUCAGUGUUACAUCAGCACUGUCAAUGCACCCCAAAUCUCACUGACCAACCUAACAGUUUACGCUCCAGUCCAAGACGUCAACAUCCAGCAGGUAGAAAACAGGAUCACCUGCAGAUCAGAGGGGAUCUACCCUCAACCUGAGCUCACCUGGUCCACCACACCUCCAUCCAACAUCAACCUCCUCAACUCAACCACAGUCCAGCAGAAUGAACAGCAGCUUUACAGCAUCAGUAGUUCUCUGAUCCUCUCACCCAAUGAUACUGAUCUGCUCUACAGCUGCACCAUCAGCACUCCAACAAACAGGAGGAGAGCUGCUUGGAGGAAACUCACUCCUAUCAGUGGAUCAACAAGUGAAACAAUCAUCACCUGCGCUGCCUCCAACUUUUCCUUCUCUCACCUGCUUUGGAGAUUCAACCACAGUCAGAUGAUCCUGAACCAGAGCAGGACUGAUGGCAGAUCCACAAUCUCAGAGGAGUGGAGGCAGCAGGUGAAGGAUGUGUCAGAGUCAGGAGACAUCACACUGCAGGACUUAUCUUCAGAGCAGGAGGGAAUCUACACCUGUCAACUCAGUAAUGCUGAGGAGAUGCUGAUAAGUGACACCUCUGUGAAGAUAAGUGGAGGGAGUUCAGUCAAUGUCGGAGGAAUCAUAGUCGCAGUGAUUGCAGCUGUUUUGGUUGCAGCAGCAGUUGGUCUGUUUCUGUUCUGUAAAAAGAAAAAAGGUCAACAAGAAAACAACACAAUAUAAGAAGAUCAAGCUGUGAUCAAACUACAUACAGUAAAUAAAUGUUCUGUUGUCCUUGUUGCAUCUCUUUCAAUCAUUACAUUCUCCUAUCAUCAUACAACUCAUUUCAUUGUGAACAUUUCAAUCAUCUUAUGAUAAAUUACCUAUUUUAAAUCACUCACAUUCAUCUUUUACUUAAAAACUUCAACAUUUCAGAAUAUAUAUCAGCCUAUGAAAAUCAUUGUUCUGCUCAAGCAUAAUCAUGUGGUUACCUUAUGUAGUUUCUCUUGUAGAUCUUUAUUAGUCUGCCUUUAUUAAUCUGCUUAUGACCUUUAGUAUCCCCUGGUAGUGGUUGCUUCUGGGAUCUCAAAACUAGGCCCCACUUGACAAUUUCUAACUAUUGAUGUACUUUUGUCUGCUGUUACUAUUGUUGUGUUUUCCUCUUGUUUUUAUUAUUAUUUUGACCAUUAGGAGUUUUAUACAUGUUUACAAUUUAUUUCAGAGGUUUUCUUUGCUGUAAAAUUAGCUUCAGUUGACUUCCUCCACUGACUGGAACAGACACUUUGUUCUGUAUCUUGAUUAUUGAUCAAACAGAUUUCAAACUACAAUUUCAGUGUGAUUGGAGACAAAUACAAACAUGAGGCUUCAAAUACAAUCAAGAGUCUGUAUUUUCAUGGAUUAUUGGACUAUCAGUAUUAAUAUUGGAUUAUCAGACUUCAUUUCAUUUCACAAUAUUCUGAAAUCCUGUUUUACAUCAUAUUUUCAUGUUGACGAAACACAAUGAUUGUAACAGUCUGUGACCUCUACUGGUUUUAGUGUCAUUUUGUUAUUAAAAAUAAAAAACAUUCUUGGAGAAAUGAU